AUGGAGAAAUUAAGGCGUAUUACUGGGAAUGAUAGAGUUGAUAGUAUGUUGGAUGAUUUGCAAAAUGAUAAGUGGGCCAAUGCAUUUUUUAAAGUGAAACAAUAUGGUGAGAUGCCAUCUAAUGCUGCUGAGUCUUACAAUAAUUGGAUUUGUGGGGCUUGUGAGUUGCCUAUUACUUGUAUGGUUGAUAUGAUUAGGGUUCAAAUCAUGACUCAAUUGUCUAAUAGAAGAGUUGAAUCUAAAAAAUGGACUACGAAAUUGUGUCCAAUUAUGGAAAAGAAGUUUGUGGACUCUUUGAAGCUAGCUAAGUCUUGGGAUGUGAUUGUUGCUAGUGAUACUGUGCUUGAGACUUGUUCUUGCCAUGUAUGGAAAUUGAAUGGUUUUCCUUGUUGUCAUACUGUGCAUGCUUUGCAUAGUAGUAGUAGAGAUGUGUAUGAUUUCAUUGAUCCAUUUUUUCAUGUAGAUUUUUUUAGAGAGUCAUACAAGGAAUCUGUUUAUCCAGUGGCUUCAAGUGAGAGAUUUGACUUUGAUGGUGCUGGUAGUUCGAUUAUCAAACCUCCUAUAACGAAGAAGCAGCUCGGGUGGAACAAGAAGAAGAUGAUACCUUCUAGGGAUGAGAAUGUGAAGCAAAUCAAGUGUGGGAGGUGCUUGAAAUAUGGGAAUCACAAUAACAAGACGUGCAAGACUGCUAUUUGA